CACACAAAUACAUACUAUAUAGACAAAUCAAGGCAACCAAGUGGAUUUCUGGGCUUUAUUAAAUUUUAAGAUUAUCGAUCCGUUAGUUUUUCAUUGUUAAUCGUGGCAUUGCCCGUAUACCCGUCAAAAUUGAUUCGUAUCCGUUAGAGCUCGAGGAGAGCGCGGGCGGCAGCAACGCAAAGGAGAGCGUUUGCAAUAGCUCCAACUCCAAAGAGAAGGGCGUCGUCGGUGAAUUGGCCAAAUUGCACUUAACUGCCAAUCCCAAUCAGCAGCUUGUGCUCCAGUUGCAGCCGGAAGCCAUGUCUGGCGAUCAGAAGGUACUCCUAAAGGGGCACGCCUCACAAUAUGUAAAAUUAAAUGUUGGCGGACGCUUAUAUUUUACCACAAUUGGAACACUUACAAAACACAACGACACCAUGCUCAGCUGCAUGUUUAGUGGGCGUAUGGAGGUGCUAACAGACUCGGAAGGCUGGAUCCUUAUAGACCGUUGUGGCAAUCAUUUUGGCAUUAUAUUGAAUUUUUUGCGCGAUGGAACUGUCCCGCUGCCUGAAACUAAUAAGGAAAUUGCCGAGCUUCUCGCAGAAGCCAAGUACUACUGCAUCACCGAGUUGGCUAUGUGCUGCGAACGCGCCUUGUGCGCACACCAAGAACCAAAGCCCAUCUGUCGCAUACCACUGAUCACGUCGCAAAAGGAGGAACAGCUCCUGAUCGGUGCAUCCUCAAAACCAGCUGUCAUAUUGGUGGUUCAGCGGCAGAAUAAUAAGUAUUCAUAUACCAGCGCAUCGGAUGAUAAUUUGCUCAAGAACAUCGAAUUGUUCGAUAAGCUAUCGUUACGCUUUAACGAGCGCAUCCUUUUUAUCAAGGAUGUGAUUGGACCAAGUGAGAUAUGCUGCUGGUCCUUCUACGGUCACGGCAAAAAGGUUGCCGAGGUGUGCUGUACAUCCAUAGUAUAUGCCACAGAUCGCAAGCAUACCAAAGUGGAAUUCCCGGAAGCCCGCAUAUAUGAGGAAACGCUGCAAGUGUUGCUCUACGAGAAUCGCAAUGCGCCUGACCAGGAGCUCCUGCAAGCUACCUCUUCGGUGCGUGCCGGCGGUGUCAGUGGCACUAACAUGCAUCAGUAUACAAGCGAUGAGGAGGAGGAGCGCACUGGUCUCGCACGACUGCGUUCGAAUAAACGCAAUAAUCCAAACUGACUUGCACUUCCCGAUAUUUGAUGGCCAAAACUGUCAGGACGGUUAACUGGCUCAGCCAGUGCCCGCUUCUGACCGCGGUUCUGCUGCCUUCAAACAUACAUUCAACACAUAUAUACGUACGCGCACACGAGAAGCCAAUAUUGACAAAUCCACAAAGUAAUACACCCAGGGCCCAGGCGUUUGGGUACCAGGGCCACAGGGAACUCUGUUUUAUGCAUACAUAUAGCUAUUCUAUUAACUUCAUAUAUAUAUAUAUAGAUAUAUAUAUAACCCCCAUGCUGAUACCGAUCCAUCGUUACGAGUAUGAUGCCCCGCCAAGUUUACCACACCAUGAGCAAAGUAUUAGGAACAUAAUUAUAUAUGAAUCUGUACAAACCAAUUAUUAAAUGAAUUAAAAAAUGUAAUCAAUUUAAAACAA